UGAAGUGGACUUCAUCCUAGGUUAUUUAAGAAGCUCCACAGAGGAGAAAAAAAGCACUUCUUGUCUUGUGUCAUUUGUAUAGACAGACCAAUAAAAGGCAUCUGAUGCGCCGCUCCUGAAAGAAAUUAGUUUUUCAAGACAAAUUCUGACCUUAACUCUAGGCCUGAUGAAUUAUCAUGAUCAAGUUUUAGAAAAUAUUUCUAAAAAUUUUAGAAAUUUGGUCAUGAUCAAGUUUUAGAAAACAUAGCCUUUGACUCAGAUGUAGUGCUAAACAGUUUUCCAACGCUGUUCUAAAUCUUGUUCUUUCACUGAGCUAUGUGGUCUGAGCUGGUGGUGUGUAUGCUGGCGACUCUACUCGCUGAGGUUGUUGCAGCAAAGUCUAGUGGCCAUUUUCUGGAAAGUCGAAAUCACAUUGAGACCAUGGACACGAACAAUACCAAACCCACCUUCUCUCGAAAAGUUUUCACUGGUACUGUCCCAGAGCUCUCAGCUCCAGACACCGCUGUGAUGACAGUGUCAGCCACAAAGGCAGCGACCUUUAAUGCUGCUGUGAGAUACUCCAUCACCAGUCAGGAAAGCUUCCCUGCAACUGAUAUGCACACGUCCAUAUUUGGCAUCGGUGAGAAGACAGGAGUCAUCCACACAACAGAUGUGGUCCCACCUUCAGAGGUGGUGAAAGCGUUCAGAUUGAGUCUUGAGGUUGCUGACGGCACUGGCUUAACAGAUGAAGCUGUGGCCAUCAUAAACGUAACUGACAUCAACAAUCACGCACCGGAGUUCAGCCCAACAUCGUACCGCCUGACUGCUGUGAAGAAGACGCUUGGUGACAUCGGCCGAGUGAGCGUGGCCGACGGAGAUGAGCCAGGAACAGGAAACUGGGAGGCCAAGUAUUCCAUCUCUGGUGACCCUCAUGGGUAUUUCAGCAUCAGAACAGACGCUGAGACCAACCAGGGCGUCCUGAGUGUGGUGAAGUUCUUCAAUGAUGAGACACUGAAGGAGCACCGCCUGACCCUCUGUGUGAAGAACAUCAAUCCUUUAAUGGGUGAAUCCUGGAGCACUCCGGAGAGCACAGCCACCGUCACCGUCGCUGUGGUCGACGGGAGCGCAGCACCGUACACUGAGGACCCGAUACAAAUGGCAGCUCCACAGAACGAACGUGCUGCCGCAUCACUGAAUAGCAACACUACGCCUGUUGCAGAGGAAUUCAGUGCAGGAUCUGAAAUCACCUUGGACCCGAGGAACUGGCAGGACAUUAGCAACACUACAGGAGAGAGUCCCCGCAUUCCACAUGCUAAAAACAAGGUCUGCACUGUUGAAAUCACGGUCACUGCUCUCAAUGGCAAAGAUUCUACCUCAGCCACCGUGCAAAUCUCAACAGCGGAGACCAAUGUCUUUGCCCCUCAGCUCUGGCCUUCAGGCUUAAUCUGCAAGACUGGAGAGCUAUUCUUCUCAGGUCUGGCUCCGAGUUCAGAGGAUGGAGACCUUCCUCCCCUCGCAGCACCCUACUCAUUCGACAGCCCGUGGGUGCUGUCCAACGAUAAAUGGAUUUUGACUCAAGUCAAUGAUACUCAUGCAGUGCUGCAGCCUGGUGUGGGUAUCGACUCAGGCGUGUAUGAGGUCACUGUGAUCGUCUCCGAGUCAGGCACCCAUCUCUCCUCUGCUCGUGUCAACCUGACUCUGUGCACCUGCAACUCUUUUGGUGCAUGCCAGUCAGCGGUCACCCUGGACUUUCACUUGGGAAGUGGACUCAUCGCUUUCAUUAUCGUCGUCGUCAUCAUUGCGAUCAUUCCACUGGUGAUUCUGGGUGUUGAGUUGCUGAACGUUUUGAAGCAGUGCCACAACAAAAGGAAAUGCCGAGAGGCUGAUGAGCCUGAAGGUCAUGCUCAUGAGAAUGCCAAUAACUGCGGGGAACAAGUCUGCCGUGAGGAAGACACGAAUACAGUCAAUCCGAACCUGCUGAGCAAACUCCAUGAUGCGACCAACAACUUUGAUGGAGUGUGCAACAAUCCCAGCGGUGAGCCACAGAUCGUCCCAGGUGGCGCUCACUCCUUGCCUGCUCCCACCACCCCAUGCAAAACUCUGGAUGAAAUCGAGGACUGCAUACACAAACGUCUGGAAACUGCAGAAAAUGACCUCGAUGUGCCACCAUAUGACAUCGCACUGAUCUACAACUAUGAAGAAGACGACUCUCUGCACGGGAGCCUCAGUUCCAUUUUCUCAUCUGUCUCCGAUGCCGACCAGGACUACGACUACCUGAGCGACUGGAAACCACAGUCCACGGCGGUUGACAACCUCAGUGAUAAGGCAAAGGGGGACAAGGCCAAUGAAUCUAACUGAUGUGCUUCACAGAACAUUUGUCUCAUUUUAAUUUUUAUAGAAUAUUUGAGACUAGAUAUAUGAAUAAUCUUUAUGAAAUCAAAUGAGAAAGGUAACUCAAACCCAAAUAUUUUCAGGGGUAAUUCAAUGUUUGCAAUGCUUAAAAAGAAUGCCUACAUUUCAGUCUGUCCUAUAUAUCUGUAUAUGUUCAAAACAUUUGAUAAUGUCUAAUUUCAAUAAAACCCUCUUGUUAGUUGUUAGCUAGCUAGUGUUUGUCAUUUAUAGCACGGUUCACUAUGUAAGUCUUAGG